AGAGAAACGAUCCGAGCCGGUGGUGCGAUUCUUCAAGAAAAGGAGCGUGAAAAACAACAACAGAGUCAUAAAGUCAGUCAUGCUGAUACUGUAAUUCGUAAUGGUGGCAUCGGCUCUAAUGCUCAAAGCCCCGGUACCAUUGAUGAUUCUGUUAGGAACGAUUCUGUCACUUCGCUCGACUACACAUUGAAACCUCCACAGACUUCUUCGCACCACAAAGCUCCUUCUGUACAUGCGCAUUUCUACGUAGAUGAAGCUGUGAAGUCAGCUAAAAACAUCACCAGAUCGAGAAGUGGCUCUAACAGUGGUAGCGAUCUGGCAGCUUUGCAUGGACUUAGUGUAGUCACUAGUCCUACUCUUUCAGCUGGAUCUGGACUGAUUUAUGAUAAACAGCCUUCUUCGGCUUCUACUUCUACAGCAUCUAUACAAAGAUUCAACAAUAGUAGCACCAGCAUCUCUGGCAGUAACAAUGCCAUAGCUACGCCUUCUUCAGCUCUUGGGCGGAACGAACAGAAUGCCAACAUCGAUCCACGUUUGCCUACAGACGACGGCAAGAUCCAUAUUCUCUUGGGGGUGUGUGGAGCUCUUUCGACUGGCAAGAUAAAGCUCAUCAUAGCCAAGUUGUUCGAGAUCUAUACCCCUCAGAAACUUCUGAUCCAGUUGAUAUUGACCAAAUCCAGCGAAAACUUCAUUUCGCCAGAAGCAAUCACCCACUUGGAAACAGUCAAGAAGAUCAGAAUAUGGAGAGAUGCCGAUGAGUGGACGACGUGGAAAACUAGGCUGGACCCGGUUCUUCACAUAGAAUUGCGUCGUUGGGCAGAUAUCUUAAUUGUUUGUCCCUUGACGGCAAACACCUUAUCCAAGAUAUCACUUGGGCUUUGUGACAACUUACUUACUAAUGUAAUACGAGCUUGGAACACGUCAUAUCCAAUACUAUUGGCUCCGGCUAUGGUCAGCUACUCAUACAAUGCCAUCACUACCAAGAGGCAGUUGCGUUUGAUAGGGGAAGAAAUGCCGUGGAUAGAAGUAUUGAAACCAGUAGAAAAAGUCGUAGGCAGUUACGGUGACAUCGGUAUGGGGGGAAUGAUGGAUUGGAACGAAAUCGUAAACAAGAUAGUAAUCAAGUUGGGUGGUUAUCCUGAUGAGGAAGCGGAGGAUGAGAAAAAUAACGAAGAAGCAAUUGAAGACGACGAAGAUGAUAACGAUAAUAACAAUGACGACGAUGAAGACGACGAUGAAGAUGACGAGGACGAUGAAGACGAUGACGACGAUGAUGAUGAUGAUGAUGAUGAUGAUGACGACGAAGGCGGAGAUGACGCCAAAGAA